CAUUUCCGAACGCACCUCAGAUCAGAAGGCUCUUCACUUUUGAAAUAGAAUAUUCAACAGCAAGUCAGAUAUUCUUUUACUUUAUUUUGAAAAACAGACAACAUUCAACUUCUAAAAAUGACGUUAUUAAAAUAAUUCGGCAAAUAUUUUAUAGUUUAAAGUCCUUAGUUCUUUAUCGUGUUAAUAUCAUAUUUUUAUCGUUGUUUUUGCCAAAAUUGUUUACAUUUAUUGCACCAGUGCAGCAAGUUUAGCUGGAGAAAUAAGCUGUACCAAAAUUUUUGUACAUUUAAUAUAUAUGUAAAUAAUGUUCAAGACAUUAAAGAAUGCUGUUUGCUUGGAAAAGGCUCUACCUAAAUGUAAUAGAGUCAAUAAGUACAGCCAACAGGCAACGCAAACUCAAAAUCACAAAAUAUUAUUCUCUGGCAUUCAACCUACAGGCAGUGUACAUGUAGGCAAUUAUUUUGGUGCAAUUCAAAGAUGGGUAGAUCUCCAAAAUAAUAGUGACAAGUUUAUAUGCAGUAUAGCAGAUCUGCACUCAAUCACCUUACCGCAAGAUCCAAAAAAAUUGAAAGAGAAUAUUCUGCUAAUGACUGCAACUUUAUUGGCUUGUGGUAUAGACAUUAAAAAGAGUAUUCUUUUUCAACAAUCCAGAGUAUCGGCACAUGCAGAACUGUGUUGGGUUCUGGGUUGUAUCACAACUAUGGCUAGGCUGGCACACUUACCACAAUUCAAAGAAAAGAGUGAAUCCUUAAAAAAUAUUCCUCUAGGCCUGUAUAUUUAUCCUGUUUUGCAAGCAGCUGAUAUAUUGUUAUAUAAAGCAACAGAUGUUCCAGUUGGACAAGACCAAGCCCAGCAUGUGCAACUGGCACAGGAUUUAGCACGAAUAUUUAACAAAAAAUUCGGAAUGACUUUUCCGAUACCGCAUGUCCUAGUCAGUGAUGGUCCAAGUCAGAGGAUCAAGUCGCUACGUGAUCCUAUGAAAAAAAUGUCGAAGUCGUACCAGGACGCCAGGAGUAGACUAGAUAUUCUAGAUAAUCCAGAUAUGCUACUGGAGAAAAUGAAAAAGGCUGUGACCGACUUCACCUCCGAAGUGACCUACGAGCCGGAAACGCGACCGGGAAUAACUAAUUUGAUUAAUAUACACUCUUUAUUCACUGGAAAGACGCCAGAUGAAAUAUGCAAAGAAGCUACAGGAUUGAAUACGGGACAGUAUAAAUUAGUCGUGGCGGAUGUAGUUAUAGAAAAAUUAACUCCGAUUCGUCAACAAGUAUUGAGAUUGCUCAAGGAACCCGUUUAUCUGGAGGAGGUUUUGAAGGAAGGCUCGGAUAAAGCCACAAAUCUUGCGGCGUAUUGUUGGACAGAAGUUGCAGACAAAGUCUUCGGUAGCGAUUCGAUACGAGAUGCAAUGAUUAUUGCAAACACUGCGAUUGUCAAGAUAUAACUACUUAUUGCAUAAAUAAAUGAUUUAAAUUAUU